GAGCAGGAGGGCGGCGUCCAUGCAGCCCGCCCGCGCCUGCAGGAGGAGGCUAUGAACGGCGACCGGACCGAGAGCGACUGGCAGGGGCUGGUGAGCGAGUACCUGGUGUGCAAAAGGAAGCUGGAGAGUAAAAAGGAAGCCCUGCUGAUCCUCUCCAAGGAGCUGGACACAUGCCAGCAGGAAAGGGACCAGUACAAACUCAUGGCCAACCAGCUGCGAGAACGCCACCAGUCCCUGAAGAAGAAAUACCGAGAGCUGAUCGAUGGCGAUCCGUCACUUCCCCCUGAAAAGAGGAAACAGGCUAACCUUGUACAGCUAUUGAGAGAUUCUCAGGACCGAAAUAAGCAUCUGGGAGAAGAAAUUAAAGAACUUCAGCAAAGGCUUGGAGAAGUCCAGGGUGACAAUAAGCUCUUGAGGAUGACGAUCGCCAAGCAGAGGCUCGGGGACGAGGAAAUCGGCGUGCGGCACUUUGCAGCCCAUGAGCGCGAAGACUUGGUUCAGCAGCUGGAGAGAGCGAAGGAACAGAUUGAGUCUCUGGAGCAUGACCUGCAGGCCUCUGUGGAUGAGCUUCAGGAUGUGAAGGGAGAGCGGUCUUCCUACCAGGACAAAGUGGAGAGGCUCAACCAGGAGCUGAACCACAUCCUGGGCGGCCACGAGAACCGCAUCAUUGACGUGGACGCCCUGUGUAUGGAGAACAGGUACCUUCAAGAGAGAUUAAAGCAACUUCAUGAAGAGGUCAACCUCUUGAAAUCUAACAUUGCCAAAUACAAGAAUGCUCUCGAGAGACGGAAAAACGCGAAAGGCCAGGGUAAAUCCAGCAGCAGUGCCCUGACGGGGGUCCUCUCUGCAAAGCAAGUUCAGGAUCUGCUAUCUGAGGAUCACGGAUGCAGUCUGCCAGCUACUCAGCAGUCCAUUUCUGACCUGAAGUCUCUGGCAACAGCCCUGUUGGAGACAAUCCACGAGAAGAACAUGGUCAUCCAGCACCAGAGGCAGACCAACAAAAUCCUAGGGAAUCGGGUGGCUGAACUGGAGAAAAAAUUAAGAACUCUGGAAGUUUCUGGUUUGUGGAGUCUUCCAGGCGGCAAGGACACCAUAAUGUUCAGCGACCCCACUGUGCAGAGGUCCAGAUCCCCACUGCUGAAGUUCAUGGAGCAGCCCUCGGAGAACAAAGCGAACCCCAGGGACGGGGAGGUUCAGACCCAAGAACGAGAUGAAAGCUGUGUGGCUGCCGAGGUGUUGACAGCGCCAGAGGAUGCUGGGGGGCCCGCUGUCAACCCCCCAGCAAAUCAGAGCCUCGGGAACCAACGCAAGCACAUUCAUCCUGCGUCACCCCAGUCACCUUCUGAGGAGGAGGAAGUAAACAGGCUGGGAAGGGACAUAAUGCACCUGACAGAGGAACAGGCAGCUGUCGAACCGGAAGGGGUGGCGGGAGACAGUCCCCUGGAGAGUCUGCGGGCUGAGGUGGGGCCGUCCCCGCUGGGCCUGGCCUCCAAGGGGCAGCUCCCCAACUCUUGCCAGGACUCCUCUGAGUCCAGCCAGCCAGCUGCCGAAGCUGCCACCCUGGAAGACGGCAAGGAGACUCAAGAGGGUGGAGGCCCGAGGAGCACCAUGAAAACAUGAAGGGGAACGGGACCUGGCAAGAUGACACGUCGAAGGCACUGGGGACGGUGGAGAAUUCAUUGAGAACAGGUCUCCGAAGCGGCUUCCUCCUGAAACACCUCCAAGGCUGCAAGCGAGAAGAGGCACGGCUCCUGUCACAAACUGUGACCAUUCUGAUGGUGCCAACACUGCGUGAUUUAUUAAAUGCAGGCCCUCAAGCUUCUCGGUGUGUCUCUGUCCGCCCACGAUGCACCGCUGUGAACAUGGCCAGGCACAGAAUCGUGUCCGCCAUAUGGCUGGUUCCCAGCAUCCGUCUUUCUGUCAGCAUUUGUUCUAUUAGAGAUAAGAUGUUUUUUUAUUAGCGUUUAAUGUUGUCUAUCAAAAUUAUGGGAAGAGCUUGAAGCGGAUGGGGUUUUUAAUCAGAUCUCCGUGUUGGUAACGGUUGGCGGCUGGAGAGAAAGGUGUAAUGGAGCAUGAUGGGUCCGGAGGGCCCGCCACUCCACUCGAUCACGUCAGGGCCCAGUGGGACCUCGCGUCAUGGGUGUUCUUGGCGCCCUGCCCGCAGCACUGUCUGCAGGUUAAAGGGGCUUCGCGGGCGCGGAGCUGGGCUUCCGUGUGACAGCCACGGCC